CCCAGUCUCCCUCCCUUCCUCCCUCCUCUCUGCCUCUCUUUCUGCCUCUGUCCCUCUUUCUCCAGCUUGGCUUCAUUGCUCCUUCCUCCCAUUAGCUGAAGCCCUCCUUCCCUUCCUUCCUCUCAAAAUCUCCAUUCCGCAAACCAAAAUGGGCUGCUUCGGGAACAGAAAGACUGAGGACAAACACAAGGAAGAGAAGGAGCAGAGAGAGGCCCAUGAAAAGAUUGAGAAGCAACUGAAGAUGGACAAGCAAGUCUUUAGGGUCACACUCCGUCUCCUCGUGAUGGGCCUUGAGGGAUCUGGCAAAAACACCAUGCUCAAACAAAUGAAAAUCUUGCAUGGGGACGGAUUUAGUGCCGAGGAGAAGAAAAUGAGAAUCCAGGACAUUAAAAACAAUAUUAGGGAAGCUAUAGAGACAAUAGUCAGAGCCAUGGGGCGCCUGGAGCCUCCAGUGGAGCUGGCAAACCCUGAGAACCAGUUCCGCAUUGACUAUAUUUUGAAUGUAUCCAGCCAGCCAGAUUUCGACUUCCCACCCGAGUUCUACGAACAUACGAAAGCACUUUGGCAGGACGAAGGCAUGAAAGCUUGCUUUGAGCGUUCACAUGAGUAUUGCUUGAUUGGUUGUGCACAGUAUUUUCUAGACAAGCUGGACAUCGUCAAGCAAGAGGAAUAUAUGCCAUCGGACCAGGAUCUUCUCCGAUGCAAAUUUUGGACAUCCGGGAUCCCUGAAACCAAGUUUCAAGUGGACAAAAUAUAUUUGCAUCUGUUUAUUUUUGAUGGGAGACGGGAUCGCCGAAAGUGGGUACAUCAUUUUGAUAAUUUGACGGCUAUUCUCUUCAUGGUGGACAGCAGUAGCUACAACUUAGCGGAUAAUACAGGGAACAAUGAGAGAAAGAUGCUUCAGGAUGAAUUAUGCGCAUUCCAUAGUAUCUCGUGCGACAGAGAGUUGAGGAAGCUUUUCAUUCUGCGGCUACAGACCAUGGCGUUCAUUGUUUUCCUGAACAAACAGGAUUUGCUAGCAGAGAAGAUCUUGGCAGGGAAAUAUAAACUGGAAGACUACUUUCCACACUUUGCUCACUAUACCACACCCGAGGAUGCAAUGCCGGAGCCUGGUGAGGAUUGUCGCGUUACAAGAGCCAAAUAUUUUAUCAGAGAUGAAUUUCUUAAUAGAUGUGAUUUAGAUAACCAGUACUGCUAUGCUCACUUUACAUGUGCUAUGGAUGUGGAAAAUGUUCAGAAGGUUUUUAAUGAUUGUGGGAAUGUGAUUCUACGAAUACACACUGGCUAUUGUAAGCUGUUGUGAUGGAAGACAACAUCUGUUUUGGACCCCUUAUUAAGGGGGGAAAGCCUGCCAACCUAAAGAGAACAAUGGCAAUCUCCCUCUUAUUUGCAGUCCUGAACUUUUCCUCUUUCCUGGAUAAAAAGCAGCAUUUCAGAGCGUCAAACUAUUGUAAUGUCAAAGGCCAUUUCUAAAAAAUGUUUAUCUAAACACUGGGUU